UGUCUGUCGGGGAGGAGGGGGUUUUAUACAUUUGGUCAGACACGCUGCUCCGCCCUAUACGUUAAACAUCGUGUUAUUAAAGCAGCUACCGGUAAGUACGUUUUUCAUAAUGUAGGAGGAAGAGAAACGCCAUACUUCCUCUCAACACUCACUCUACUGAACAAUGAAUGACCAGGUCGUCUGCAUAGCUGGAGUAACGGUAUUAGGUAUUUUAGAGCAAGCUUACUUCUCGCUGCAGGUGAUCUAUGCUCGACGCAAGUUCUCCGUCUCCCCUCCAUCGACUGCUGGACCACCGGAAUUUGAAAGAAUCUUCAGAGCUCAAGCAAACUGCUCUGAGUAUUUCCCCGUUUUCGUGGCUUCUCUGUGGAUAUCUGGGAUUUUCUUCAGCCAAGGAGUUACGACUCUUUUGGGGCUUCUUUACCUUUAUGGACGCUAUCAGUACUUCUGCGGAUAUUCUGAGUCUUCACUUGGCAGGUGGGACAGAUGCAGAUGCAUUACUGCUUUGAUCUCAGUGCAAAAACCCACAGAUCUAUGGUGCAGAAAGGCUACAUGUGCUGUAUUUCAUCCACACGUGCUGUUAAUCAGGGUUGAUUCUGAUGUCCAUCUUGACACCAUAACCCACUCUGUUUUCAUAUUGCUCUUUCUUGAUCUAACGACCUCUGAACCCUUCUCUUCUCUUGCCAGGCUCAAGCCCCUCUACUUCAGCGCUAAGGUCCAGUGGGUGCUGAUCGGGCUGGGUGCGGUGGGGGUCCUGGGCACCAUGAGUAGGCUGUAUCUGGGCCUGGACUUCACCCAGUACAUCAGCCAGGUCCUGCUGUGAGGAGGAGACUUCAGUACUCGAUAACAGCAAGAAAGAGGAAACAGAUUAGAGAAGUGUUGGUGAUGUCUUCAUGUGAAGAUCUGAACGAAAGCUCUCUUAGGAUAAAAACACCUUAGAAAGAGGAUAUGCAAACACGACGCCCUCUGAAACAAGGAUUAAGAUAAAAAGAGAUUUGAUAAAAAAAAUAUCCACAAUAUUUAUAUGACAGUACCAUCAGUCUAUUUAAGUAUGCUACACUAUACAGUAUCUUCUGUGGUUGAGCAUACUUUGUUUAGGAAAUAUUUGUUUGCAUAAUGUAUUUGUGUGUGUGUAUGUGAAGUAGGGAAGUCAACAGUUGCAAACAACUGUUUCACUUUUGUGGUCUUAUCUAUCUAUUUAUUUUUAAAAUGUGUUCUUGCUUUAUUUCGCUGAUAAAGAGUGAUAUCAGUGUUACUAAGUCUUGAUGUCCGUGUGAACAUGUGUGACAGUUUCUAAUAUACUUCUAUAUUUUCAAUU